GUGAUUCAGUUCCCUGGGUCCAUCCCUGCAGACACCUGAGGGCAGGGCAUGGGGCUGUGAGCACCGAUGGAGCUGUGGGUGUCUGUGCACUGCAGGGGGUGGAACAUGGUGGCCUUCAGGGGUCCCUUCCAACUCAACCCAUUCUAUGAACUUACUAUGAUGGGAAGUGCCCCUGUGGCCAAAGGCAGGACAGGGGGCUCCAGCUGGAGGGAGCAGAUAGGUGAGGGAAGAGUGUGGUGAUAACGAUGGGGAUAGGAGCACCUGGGGCACAUGGCACCGGCUGCUGCUCCAGACGUUGUUCCUCUGGCAGUUCCUCUCUCAGCUCAUGGACACUGCAGGAAGCACUGACCACAACGUUGGUUUAAAACCUGCCUGUGGGUAACAGGUUCUGAAGGGUUUUCCCCACACGGGGUGAUGCUGAGCAUAUGAGUGGUCAUUUCUGACCAAAGAAAUGGCAGCAAAAGCCCAAAUUUUCUGUCUCUGUGUUGCAGGGAACUAAAGCCAGGAGCUGUGCCAUGUCAGUCCCCAGCCAACCCAACACCACUUCUUUGCCUUUCCUCCUGACGGGAAUCCCUGGCUUGGAAGAUGUCCACAUGUGGAUUUCCAUCCCGUUCUGCUUUAUGUACAUCAUGGCCCUGCUGGGGAAUGGCACGAUCCUGCUUGCUGUGAGGCUGGACAAAGCUCUCCACGAGCCCAUGUACUAUUUCAUUUCCAUGCUGGCUGUCAUUGACCUCAUCUUCACAACUGCUGUCGUUCCCAAGAUGCUGGGUGUAUUCUGGCUGGGCUCCAGAGAGAUUGCUUUUCAAGCUUGCUUCACCCAGAUGUUUUUCAUCCACACCUUCACUGCCGUGGAGUCGGGGGUGCUGCUGGCGAUGUCCUUCGAUCGAUACGUGGCCAUCUGCAACCCCCUGAGGUACGUCAGCAUCCUGACCAGCGCACGGACCACGCGGAUAGGGCUGCUCUCUCUGGCCCGGGGAGCUGCCGUCAUGACGCCUUUAAUGUGCCUCCUCACCAGCUUACCCUACUGCAGAGACAGGGUCAUCCCGCACUCCUACUGCGAGCACAUGGCCGUGGUGGAGCUGGCGUGUGCCGACCCAUCUCUCAGCCAUCUCUACAGCAUCGUGGUGGCAACGCUGCUGGUGGGGAUGGACUCGGUGUUCAUCAGCUUCUCCUAUGGGAUGAUCCUCAGGUCGGUGCUGAGGCUGCCAUCCCGCGCAGCACGUUUCAAGUCCCUCAGCACCUGUGGGUCCCACGUGUCCGUCAUCCUCCUGUUCUACAUGGGCGGGCUCCUCUCCAUGUACCUGCAGAUGUUCUCUUUCAGUUUGGUACCCUACGCCCAAGUCCUGGUGGCUGAUCUCUAUCUGACACUCCCUCCCAUGCUCAACCCGCUCAUUUAUGGCAUGAAGGUGAAGCAGAUCCGGGAUGGGAUUUUCCGGCUGCUGGAGCGGUUGCCAGGACUCAGGUUCUCAGAUGCUCACUGAGGUGGUGCAGAUGCUGAACCAGCAAGGCAUGCCCAGCAAACUGCUGCCCCUGCCUUGUGCUCCGUAUGUCAGUGUGUGCAAUGAACUGACCCCAGCACUGCCCAUCUUUCGGCAGUGACUGCGAAGGGAACCUGGGCCAGGAGACAGGAAUGGGAUAUACAGGAAUAUUUCAUUUCAGGAAAUAGCACUGCUUGCUAAUUCUGCAAAGAAUUUGCCUGUGGGUUAAACCUGCUUUGGAAAGAGGACAGGCUAGGUAAGAAACGAGGAAAAGAAAACAGCUCCUGUAAAACAUAGUGCUUCCAUCCAUCUCUGCUCGCUGCAGUGCCUGCCCCUGGUUCCUCUGGACUCACCCAGCUCUGCAGAGCCCUGGCCACGCUCUGAUAGCAGCAAACAGACCUGAGCCUUGCGGACCAGAGGAGCGCUGUGCUGGGCUGGACUGCUCCUCCCUGGGGGUUCUGCACCGCUCCUGGUUGAGCUGCACGAGGUUCCUGCUGCCCAUCUCUGUGCUGCAAGGGGGAACCAGGCAGAGAACCAUGGAAUCAUUAAGGCUGGAAAAGCUGCCCAAGUCCCACCCUAACCCAUCCCCCUGGCCAUGCCCCAUUACUCCCAGCUCCCCCAGCCCCAGGGCUGAAGACUCCCAAGGACUGAGCCCCUUCCUUAUUCACAGUCUGCAGGAUGAGCUCAGUCACUGCCAGCAGCAAUUGAUAGACACAUCAUGGCACCAAUUACCCUCGUGACACCUCCAACUAUUAAUUACACGUCACACAUUCAUUUGUCAUUUCUCCUUUGCGUGCAACAUCCAAAGCCAACAACAGCUUAACCCCGUGGCUGCUGGACCUGGUUGGAUCCCCAUUGGGUUCUGCUGCUCACAGUCCGCCCCUGAACCAGCCCUGUGCUCUGCUGUCCCUUUGAAUCAGUGUGUUUUAACCCCAGCCAAGUCAGCACUUCCCAGCAGCACAUCUCACAUCACACGCAGCCCUGGGUAGGAGGUGAAGCACUUUGGAGGUGCUGUCCAGGCUAGGGCUGCAGGGUUUGGACACCAAAAAGAUUUUCUCCUUUCACCUCUGCAUUUUCAGCCCCUGGCCCUGGGGAUACAGGAAGGUGCCUUUAAUCUUCACAGACUUCUGAGAAGUUUGGGCUCAGCUGUUGUUUGUCACACACCACAGCCGGGUGCCAGGGGACACACAGCCCCAAAACACACAGAGGGACAAACUGCUGCAGGGAAUGGAGGCAUCCCAGAGCCACCAAUGUGCCCUGCAGAGCUGGGCUUAAGGAGGAGGGGUGAGGAUGGGGGCUGGCAGCACAGAGCGGGACCUGCAGGCCGGGGCUCCCAUCGCAGUGCAGUGGGGAUGUGGGCUCCCCCCACAUGCAACCACCAACUCUCAGCUCCCCCCAAUAAAGCAAUGCAGGAUCCCCAGCACAACGGCAGCGCCGCUAAUUGGCCCCACCAGCAGCAGCCACCAGUAAUCAGCCCUCCUGUGACCCGUGCUGUAAUUACCAUCCAGCUCGUUAGCGCUAAUUGGGCCUCUCCCAGAGAAAGAAACCUAGCGGAAAAAAUAUAUAUAAAUAAACAAAGUUUAGUUGUGUUUAAUUUUGACUUGUUCAAAAGCUCGGAACGAAAACAAUUAAGCCCCAAAGCACAACAAUGGAUGCUGGUGUCCCCAGGGCGAGGGGACAGCACAGGGCUGAUGAUGGCACGCAGGCAGAUCCUGCCUGGUCCCUCAGCAGGCUGUGCUCAUCUCACAU